CUUAGCGAAUUCGUAGCACUUUCAUUUUGGUAUUUUUUUCUUGACAUGAAUGGCCUUCAUAAUGUAUGUUUAGGACCCAAAUGAACUUUACAUAUAGCUUUCUCGUGUCAGAGAGCUCAGCACUAGGACAUUUUCCCUGUCAACUUGCACAUCCAAAACAAUACACCAUGAUGCCCACUACUAAUGUUCCAAAGCAUUAUUGGUCUCUGAUAUCACUUCUUCUCCUUCAUCUUCUGCUGGUGCCAUGUCUUUCCUCGGCUACCAAUAUCACCACGGAUCAGGUUGCUCUUCUUGCCCUGAAAUCCAGCAUCUCCGACUUACCUUCUAAUCAUAUAUUGGCCAAAAACUGGUCACUUGGUUCCUCUGUUUGUGAUUGGAUUGGCGUCACUUGCGGGUCUCGACAUCUCAGAGUCACCGCCUUAAAUAUUUCCUACAUGAAUCUCACCGGCACCAUACCUCCCCAACUCGGGAACCUAUCAUUCAUGGUUUCUCUGGACAUUAGCAGCAACAAUUUCGACGGGGAAUUACCCGAUGAGUUUGCGCUGUUUCGUCGACUGAAAGUGCUUGAUGUGAGCUUCAACAAUCUCAAUGGACAAUUCCCACCUUGGAUUACCUCAUUCCAAGAGCUUGAAUACUUGUCCCUCAUGAACAACAGCUUCACCGGUGUUAUCCCGCCAUCCAUCUCUAACAUGUCCAAGUUAACGACGUUAAGCGCUUCGUACAAUCAUCUUCAGGGGAACAUUCCGGCAGGGAUAUUCAACAUGUCCUCUCUGGGAAGGAUUUCCCUUAGUGCUAAUGACUUUUCAGCUGGAACCCUCCCGGAGGAUUUGUGCCGGAAUCUUCCCAGGCUCAAACGAUUCGAUUUACAAGGGGCGGGGUUAAUUGGUCAGAUUCCAUCAAGCAUUGGCCAGUGUUUGGAACUUGAAAAGCUGUACUUAUCUUCAAACUCUCUUACUGGAGGCAUUCCAAGAGAAAUUGGAAACUUGAAGGGGCUUCAGAUGCUUGAACUGUGGGAAAACCACUUGGAAGGUGCCAUCCCAAUCGAGAUAGGAAAUUUGUCGAUGUUGCGGAUAGUAGACUUCACUACAAACAAUCUGUCAGGUAUGCCAGAAGAAGUACUCUAUUCUUUCUGAAAUAAGUGUUCAUAAACAAAGUUUAAGAACUUUAAAAUAAGUAUGGUUUUCUUUUUUUCUCAAGGCAGAUUAACUUGGUCCAAUAUUUUUAAAAUUACCCUUACAAGAAAAUAAUUCUAAUGACAGUCACAUACAUAAUUAAAAUAUUUUUUAAACCGUGUAUAAAUUGUCUAAUAUUCCUUCUGUACUAAAAUGAAUUGUACAAAAAGUGAAAAUCUAACUGGAUAAUUAUUUUGGGUUAGUGGGCAUAUAAUAUUAUUUUAGAACGGAUGAGCUAAUUAAAUGAUUAAAUAUAUGUAUAUAACUUUGCAUAUGAAAUUAUUGGCAUGACAUAUGGGGUUAUCACAUGGAUAAAAUGAGAUGCGAAUUAAAUUAUAGCUUUGAACACGUACAAUAAGUAUCAAUUACGAUAUGCACAAUGAAUUUUGUGAAACUACAUACAUUUCUUUUAGUAUAUCAUAUGAAUAAUUUUGUGGUAGGUGUUGUACCAAAAGAGAUCAGCAAGUUAUCCAAUAUUCAACAAAUCAACUUCGGCUUCAACAAGUUAACUGGUUCUAUUCCAGUAGAUGUCUUCAACAUUUCUACUUUAAUCUCGAUCACUCUCUCUGGAAAUCAUCUUUCUGGCAAUCUUCCGUCAACAAUGUGUUAUAAUCUUCCUAAUUUAGCAGGUCUUUAUCUCGGUAAAAAUAUCAUUGGUGGAGUUAUACCCAAUUCAAUCGCAAAUUGCUCCAAUCUUCAGGUCAUUGAACUUUCAGAAAAUGUUUUCCAGGGGUCUUUUCCCAAAUCACUGGGAGACCUUAGUUUGCUUAAGGAUUUAGAUCUCUCCAAUAAUAAUUUAAGUAGUGAUCCUUCCUCUUUUACCUUGGACUUCAUAACUUCAUUGGCAAAUUGUAAAUAUUUGUCAGUCAUUGAAUUCGGCAAUAAUCCACUGUAUGGUGUUAUACCUGAUUCCAUAGGAAAUCUUUCUUCUACGGUUGAAGGCAUUUAUGGAGAGACUGGCAAACUUAGGGGUGACUUUCCAAGUGGGAUAGGAAAUUUAAGUUGUUUGAAUACUUUAGACCUUGCUGAUAAUCAAUUGAGUGGGUUGCUGCCAAGUUCAAUGAAAAACUUGCUGAAUCUUCAACGCUUGUAUCUUGGUGGGAACAAUAUGAGUAUUUCUCUAGAACUUUUUUGUGCUUUCAAGAACUUGGGACUUUUAGGUCUUGAAGAAAAUUAUAUAAUUGGGGGUGCAAUUCCAGAUUGCUUAGGGAAUAUUACUUCCAUGAGGGUACUUUACUUAAGUUCCAAUGGAUUAAACUCUAGCCUACCUGUGAGUUUAUGGAACCUCAAAGAUUUAUUGAUGCUCGUCCUCUCUUCGAAUUCAUUAACUGGUUCUCUACCUCCUGAAAUCAAUAACUUGAAAAGGUUAACAUUGUUGGAUUUCUCAAGUAAUCAUUUCUCAGGUGAUAUUCCUAGGACUAUCGGAGAUCUAGAAAACUUGCAGAAUUUAUAUUUAGCUCACAACCAGUUGGAAGGACAUAUUCCUGAGGCCAUUGGUAGUAUGUUGAGUUUGGAACAACUAGAUCUUUCGUACAACUUCUUAUCUGGUUCCCUUCCACUAUCAUUAGAAAAACUUCAAGACCUUACUUUUUUCAAUGUCUCAUUUAACAAUUUGAGAGGUAAAAUUCCUUCACAAGGUCCUUUUAUCAACUUUACAGCUGAAUCUUUCAUUUCGAAUCAAGCACUAUGUGGAGCUUCAAGAUUUCAUGUCCCACCAUGCUCAAAUCGUCCUACUCAGCACAGGCCAAGUGGCAUAAAUAAGCAUAAAAUUUUGAUAAUUUUGGUUGUGACGAUAUCCAUUGUUGGUACCGCAUGCUUGGUUUUUGUCUAUCUAAAGUACAAGAAUAAAGGUAAAACUACCAUCGAUGAUCAAGAAAGUUUCUCCUUGUUUACGCAUAAAAGAAUAUCUUAUUAUGAGCUUUUACAAGCUACAAAUAGAUAUAAUCAAGAUAAUUUGUUGGGUACUGGAAGUUUUGGAUCUGUUUAUAAGGGAGUUCUUAAAGAUGGUUCGGUCGUAGCUGUUAAAGUAUUUAAUUCGCAGUUAGAAGGGUCAUUCAAGAGUUUUGACAAAGAAUGUGAGGUAUUAUGCAACCUCCGCCAUCGAAACCUAACCAAAGUUAUUUGUAGUUGUUCGAACCCCGACUUUAAGGCAUUGGUUCUAGACUACAUGCCCAAUGGGAGUCUUCACAGUUGGUUGCAUUCAAAUAAGUGUAUUCUCAAUGUUAUGCAACGAUUGGACAUACUAAUUGAUGUGGCUUGUGCUUUACAAUAUCUUCAUGUUGGUAAUUUGACAUCUGUUGCUCAUUGUGAUGUGAAACCUAGUAAUGUCCUCCUAGAUGAAGAAAUGGUUGCCCAUAUUAGUGAUUUCGGCAUUUCUAAAUUGUUGGGUGGAGAAGACAACAUUACAUAUACCAAGACGUUAGCUACGUUUUGUUAUAUUGCCCCAGAGUAUGCUUCAGAAGGCCUAAUAUCGACAAGUUGUGACAUUUAUAGUUUUGGGAUUAUGAUAAUGGAAAUUUUCACAAGAAAGAGUCCUAGUGAUGAAAUGUUCGGUGAAAAUUUGAGUUUAAAGAGUUGGGUGCAAAGAUGCAUGCCUGAUAAAUUAACCGCAGUCAUCGAUGUUGAUUUGCUAUCAACAUUCAAUCAACACUCUCAUGAAAUACUUGCCAACAUUUUGUCAAUCAUGGAUGUUGCUCUGGCUUGUACACGUGUGUCUCCAAGAGAAAGAAGUAACAUAGAAGAAGUUCUUGCAAGUUUGAACAAGAUCAAACUUCAACUUCUACCAUAUACAAAUGAGUGGCAUUAGAGGUGUAUGUUAAUUAAACAUAUAUUGUUUGUUUCAAUUUAUGUCCGUAGCUGCUUUUCUUCUUAGUAACUAGAUUUGCUCAAGCUUUCCACUCAGGAGGGAUUAGAGAUCUUUUGAUCCACUGUAAACACUAUUUGCCCCUACAUUAUUACAAAUCACAAAUUUGUUGUCACUUCUACUAAUCAAAACUUGUGUAGAACAAUUGAGGACAAAGAUCAUCACCUUAAAGACGAUUCCAGUUGGGUUUAUCAUUUCAUUUUUAGAUGCCCAUAUAACUUAACUCGCUGUGAGUGGGUUUCCAAUGCAUGUAGUCUAAUAGAACAUGGAUGUAUUUUUUCUUGGUAGGACGACGGAGUAAUGUGUUUGAGAUUGUUGUUAUUGCCAAAACAGUAAUUAACA